AUGACCCUCACAGUCGAAAAGCAGGUCGUUCAGGCCGAGCGUCUGGUCUAUCGGUCGUCCAUCUCAUUUUCCACAGCAGAAGCUCGGCUCCGGUCAUCGAUUCAGCCAAAUUCGACCUCGAGCCCGACCCCGUGGAACGCCCUGGUGGACCGGGAAGGCUACGACGCCAGGAUCAAGUCGCUGCUCGGCCCGCAUGGUUUCAUGUACUUCCACGAAUUUAACCACGGGUUCUGGCUGCCGUUCUAUAAGCCACCGACCUCCACCGUCACUAUCAACGGGCAGACGAGGAAUCUGAACUGUAAGAGGUUCAUCCUGGGGAAUCCCUUUGUUGCCAUCACCAUGAUCGAGCAUGAUCUCGACGCCGGACUUUGUGUACCCGUGGAACUGUGGCUCGUCGAAGAGCCGGCCGGCGGUGUGAAGAUUGUAUACUUCAAGCCCACCUCUUUGAUUGCAAGUUAUGAAGGCGCGAAGCAGGAGUUGGUGGAUGCAGCUAACGUGUUGAGCGCAAAACUUGAGACGCUCGUCCGGUGGGUAUUGAGGGAUGAGGCGGCCUAG